AGAAAUUAGGGCGGGAGCCUGGGACAUCAGGAAGUCGACGAACUGAAACAGCGAACCAAUUCGACUUCUCCCGAAAUAGCCUCCGCCGCCCCAACCUCCCUUCCGGCUUCCUCUACCGCCUUUUGCUACCGGCCGUCGUCCGUUGCCGACAAUCUCCCCUUCGAAUCCAUCCGCCGUGCCUUCUCAUCUGUAUUGGUGGACAGGUGAACUAGUGAAUUAAUUGACUGAAAGCCAUGGGAAGAGCCAAGAAAGGGCCGAAGUUCGCGGUGAUGAAGAAGAUGGUCACCUCAAAGGCAAUUAAGCAGUAAGGCUUCGCUUCGUCCUUUCUCCCCCUGUGUCCAAUUCAAUGCAUACAUAUAUCUCCUGCUUUUUUGUCAUGAUUUUCACACGCCGUUUUGCUUGGUUGGUAUAUUGUGUUUCAGAUACAAGGAGGAGGUUCUGAACCCGAAUAGGAAGGACCUUUCCAAAGAACAACUUCCUAGAAACGUGCCGAAAGUGUCUUCAUCGCUUUAUUUUACGCACAACACAGCUUUGGGGCCUCCAUACCGGGUUCUGGUGGAUACCAACUUCAUCAAUUUCUCUAUUCAAAACAAAUUGGACUUGGAGAAGGCAAUGAUGGACUGCCUCUAUGCGAAAUGCACACCUUGCAUCACUGAUUGUGUUAUGGCUGAGCUUGAGAAGCUAGGUCAGAAGUACCGUGUGGCUUUGAGGAUCGCUAAAGAUCCACGUUUUGAGAGACUACCCUGCAUCCAUAAAGGAACAUACGCCGAUGACUGCAUUGUCUCCAGGGUCUCUCAGCACAAAUGCUACAUUGUUGCAACUUGCGAUCGGGAUUUGAAGAGGAGGAUACGUAAGGUCCCUGGUGUGCCGAUAAUGUAUAUCACCCAACAUAGAUAUUCAAUUGAGCGUAUGCCGGAAGCGACAAUAGGCGGGGGUAAGUCUCAGAUACUCAGGUUUCUACAAGCUAUAACUACAUUUCCUGUGAUGUGUGAGAGAGAUUCAUUUAAGAUAUUUCGUCAACUCCAAGAUUCUGAUGAUGUGGAGAUCCAGAUUGCUUUGGCCCAUGCGAGAAACGAAAUGAUUUUCUCUUAGAAAUUGAAGUGUUCGAGAAGGAAUUUGCGAAGUUGUAUGAUCAAUCGUCAGUCAGUGGGAUUCUGGCUCACUCCUAAGAUUUCUUUUAUACUUAAUGGCUGUAAUGACUUCUUUCUUGCAACCUAACUAUAUGGUAAUGAAUAACUUGUUUAUUUUUUUAAUUUUUAAUGAUAAUGAGGUUGAAA